AGCGAGAGGGGGUAAUCUGUUUGCUUGUGCUCGAAAGAAAAUUGCAUGACUGGAGGGACCCGACCGCACAAUUCCUCCUCUUCUAUUGGUAGUCAAGGCCAAAGCUAACAAACCCUCGUCACCUCUACCUUCCAUUUUCCGGCAAAAACUUACGAUGAAACACUCUCAAUAACUGACCACUUCCCUCUUUAUCUUUCUCUGUGCCUUGAGUAUGGGCGCCUCGUUAUCGAACCUGACGGAGGGAGCGGGCAUGGGUGGUCCUGGGUUGGGAGACAUACCGGAGAGCUGCGUGGCUUGUGUUUUCAUGUAUUUGACGCCUCCUGAGAUUUGCAAUCUGGCUCGAUUGAACCGUGCUUUUCGAGGAGCCGCUUCUUCCGAUUCCGUUUGGGAAAACAAGUUGCCUUCUAAUUAUCAGGAUCUGCUCCAUAUCCUCCCUCCUGAUAGAUACCUCAAUUUCUCCAAAAAAGACAUCUUUGCCCUCCUCUCUCGCCCUCUCCCUUUCGAUGACGGCAAUAAGGAGGUGUGGCUUGAUAGAGUGACGGGAAGGGUUUGUAUGUCGAUAUCGGCCAAAGGGAUGUCAAUUACGGGAAUUGAAGACCGCAGAUAUUGGACUUGGGUUCCUACUGAAGAAUCAAGAUUCCAUGUGGUGGCCUAUUUGCAACAAAUAUGGUGGUUUGAAGUGGAUGGAGUUGUAAAGUUCCCUUUCCCUGCUGAUAUCUAUGCUCUAUACUUCAGGCUUCACCUUGGAAGGUUUUCCAAACGACUGGGACGCCGUGUCUGCAAUUUUGACCACACUCAUGGUUGGGAUAUAAAGCCAGUACGGUUUGAGCUGUCUACCUCUGAUGGUCAGCAAGCAUCAUGUGAGUUCUGUUUAGACGAGACUGAACAAGAUGAAGCAAAUGGCAACCAGAAGCGUGGAUGCUGGAUAGAUUACAAGGUAGGUGAAUUUAUUGUGACAGACUCAGAACCUGCUACUGAGGUCAAAUUUUCCAUGAAACAGAUUGAUUGCACACAUUCCAAAGGUGGGCUUUGUGUAGAUUCUGUAUUUAUUAUCCCCAGUGAUCUGAAAGACCGCAAAAGAAGAGGGAUUUUGAAGUAGCAAAUGCAACGGGGAUGUUGCUUAAUAUUUUCAGUGAUCCCAGAAGUUUCUACUUGGGCAUAUUUUUUUUGUCAUACUGCUUAUACUUCUGAAGGCAUUUGAUGUUUUAGAGGAUAUCGUCAGAAGUUGGUUUUCCAAGUAGGUGUGUUUCCUCAAUGGCUAUAUAAUUCUUGCUGCUGUACGUAAUCCAGUUUUGUUGAUUA